ACCGCGCGUCCCGGGUGGCCUCUCCACGCUGAAAGCUGGCCUGAGGCGCCCGGCUCGGGCAGGGCUGGCUGCGGCAGGAGGAGUGGGAGCCGAACUGCCCGAACCCCGCUCUCGAGCCGCGCUCCCCUUCCACGGGCAUGCAGGCAACGGCUCCCGGAGACCGAUCACUGCGGAGUAGCCCGCCAAGCGCUCUGCCGAGGCCGGAGGACGGCGGGCGAUCCUGCGGCGACGGCUCAGCGAUCGGCGAGGGAGGCUACAACUUCAGGCGCGUGGCGAUCCGGAGGAAGUCGAACCCCGCCUAUCUGCUGCCCGGGACCCCUCGGCCAUGGAGCAGACCCUCACCACACCUGGGACGCCCCGUGACGGCUAUCUUCCCGGCCUUGGCGCCCGGAGACGCCACUGGUACCAGCACCUAUCCAAAGAUCGCCAUAGCCCUGCCUGGUUUGACAAGCAGCACUGCCACUCUGGUUGAUGGCCGCCUACGUGAUGACGAGGUCUGGGGGAUAAAUGGGAGGACACCAGCGAAGCGCACGGCCCCAAGUCCAAAGCCACAAGUGCCUCCAAAGCCGUUACACCUGCAGAGGUUUCCUUCGCCUAAUAGACCCCAAAUCCCCAGGCAGAAGGCUUUAUCUAGUGCACAGCCGAGGAUGGACGACGUGAAACCUGCCUCAGCUUCGUGCGUCUCGAAAGAAAAGCCCAGCAAGGUGUCCGACCUCAUCAGUCGCUUUGAAGGAGGCAGCGCCUUAUCAAAUUGUACUGAUGUGAAGAAAGAUGCUGCUGUGACCCCGAAUGCUCCCCGAACCCCAGCACGACACGGGCUGACGGCCUCCCCUCCACAACAGCAGCUCUCCCGGCUCCCACUCCACCCACAGGGCAGCGGUGCGGCUUACACUCAGGCUGCCCAGACCUGUGUGCCUAAUGGCGUGAUGGCAGUGCAGAGCCAGAUGGAGGGCGAGGAGGACAAGGCAGUCCCCCUCAGCCCCGACGCACCUGCCCAGCCUUCCCAGCCCUCGCUUGACACGCACAUGGUGAACGGAGAGGGAGCCUGUGCAGCCCUGGGCCCCGCGUCACCUGCACCCGACGACUGUGACGGGAAUGCUUCGGAAGGCAAUGGCGGGACUCCGGGCAACGGCCCCCAGCUCCCCGUGGCCGGAGGGGCGGAGCUGGAAGCCAAGGCACAGGAGAGGGAAAACGAAGACAGCCCUGUUGAGCCGGAGCAGCUGGAGCAGCCCCCCGAGCUGAAGGAGACAAAUGAAGAGAAACUGCACAAAAUAGCCAACGAGCUGUUGCUCACAGAGAGAGCUUACGUCAGCCGGCUUGAACUCUUAGAUCAGGUGUUCUACUGCAAGCUCUUAGAAGAAGCAAACCAAGGCUCAUUUCCAGCAGAGAUGGUGAAUAAAAUCUUUUCCAAUAUUUCAUCAAUAAAUGCCUUCCAUAGUAAAUUCCUAUUACCAGAGCUGGAGAAACGAAUGCAAGAAUGGGAAACGACCCCCCGCAUUGGGGACAUCCUUCAGAAGCUGGCGCCGUUCCUCAAGAUGUACGGAGAAUAUGUGAAGGGAUUUGACAACGCAAUGGAAUUGGUUAAAAACAUGACAGAACGCACUCCUCAGUUCAAAGCAGUGAUUGAAGAGAUCCAGAAGCAGAAGGUCUGCGGGAACCUGACGCUGCAGCAUCACAUGCUGGAACCCGUGCAGCGGAUCCCCCGCUACGAGCUGCUCCUGAAGGACUACCUCAGGAAGCUGCCCCCAGACUCGCCCGACUGGAACGAUGCGAAAAAAUCACUUGAAAUUAUAUCGACAGCAGCAAGCCAUUCUAAUAGUGCAAUAAGAAAAAUGGAAAACCUAAAGAAACUCUUAGAGAUUUAUGAAAUGUUGGGAGAAGAAGAAGAUAUUGUAAAUCCUUCAAAUGAACUCAUAAAAGAAGGACAGAUCCUCAAGUUAGCUGCUCGGAACACAUCAGCACAAGAACGCUACCUUUUCUUGUUCAACAACAUGCUGCUCUACUGCGUGCCCAGAUUCAGCCUGGUAGGCUCCAAAUUCACAGUCCGAACCAGGGUCGGCAUUGACGGGAUGAAAAUCGUGGAGACGCACAACGAAGAAUACCCACACACGUUCCAGGUGUCCGGGAAGGAGCGCACACUGGAACUUCAGGCCAGUUCUGAGCAAGACAAAGAAGAAUGGAUCAAGGCCCUGCAGGAGACUAUUGAUGCUUUUCAUCAAAGGAACGAAACCUUCAGAAAUGCAAUUGCAAAGGAUAAUGAUAUGCAAUCGGAGGUUUCUACUGCCGAGCUGGGGAAGAGAGCGCCCAGAUGGAUCCGAGAUAAUGAAGUAACCAUGUGUAUGAAAUGCAAAGAGUCAUUCAAUGCGCUGACGAGGCGGCGCCAUCACUGUCGAGCCUGCGGACACGUGGUUUGUUGGAAGUGCUCCGAUUACAAAGCUCAGCUUGAGUACGACGGUGGGAAACUGAGCAAAGUCUGUAAAGACUGCUACCUCAUAAUAAGCGGGUUCACAGACAGUGAGGAAAAGAAGAGGAAAGGAAUCCUAGAGAUUGAAUCUGCUGAAGUGUCAGGAAACAGCGUCGUGUGCAGCUUUCUUCAAUACAUGGAGAAGUCAAAACCCUGGCAGAAAGCCUGGUGUGUCAUCCCCAAGCAAGACCCUCUUGUGCUGUAUAUGUACGGCGCCCCUCAGGAUGUCCGAGCACAGACCACCAUCCCCCUGCUGGGCUACACUGUGGAUGACAUGCCGAGGAGCGCAGACCUGCCACACAGCUUCAAGCUGACCCAGUCCAAGUCUGUGCACAGUUUUGCUGCUGAUAGUGAGGAACUGAAACAGAAGUGGCUAAAAAUCAUCCUCUUAGCUGUCACAGGUGAGACUGCCGAUGGUCCCAGUGAGCACGUGGCCACCAUGGACGAUCAUCCUGAGCCUAAGAGAAAGUCUGAGUGCUGAACUCCAGACCAGCCCCGGCGUGCAGAGGCUGAAGACAUUCCCAGCUCUCCUUCCUCACCUCCUAGCACUUUAUGUUGAAAAUACAGGCUCCUCAAUGCACCUUCGGGCAACUAUUUUCCUAUAUUGAUGUAUUCUUGGUGAAGUUACAGUGUAGAGCCAUUGUCCUGAUAAAGUUUUGAAAUAAUGUGAAAA